AUGGGAACCACUUCGGGACCACAGUUCCUAUCGGAGGAUGGAUUACCGUACGGUAUGCCAAGUGGAGCAAGCCCCGCGCUGCACCCUAGCACCCCUUUCGGUAAUCCUCCAGCGCUUCAGACCACGGUCAAAGUGGAGCUUCUGGCUCAAAUGACUUCCCUAUGGAGGGAAAUGGCUAAGCUCCAAGAACAUAACAAUCUCCUCUCGUCCAAAACCCCUGGUCGGCAGAAGAAGGGAAAGAAGGGGGCAAAGGCAACGCCUGCGCCUUCCAAACAGUUGGUGGUCCCAGCUCCACAGGACCAACCUCACGUGCCGAAGAAAGUGUACACCGAUUGUCGUCAUCGGAUCAACGACAAGAAGGAUGCCGAACGGCAUAGGUCCCCAAUCAGGGUUAAUGCCCUCCUGCGGGACUCACGGAUGAAGGUCCUAGGAGAUAAAUCGCCCCUUAGGAGGGCAAGACCACCAAGUCCGAGGAGAACUUCCGAAGACUUCAGUUCCGAGGAGGUCCCAAGCCGAGACCCCGCUAUCCGUCUGCUCUUCCAGAGAAUCCAGAAGAUGGAAGAUGACCGAACCCGGUCCCAGGUACCUGAUUGGGGAAAACUUCGGUCAGGACCAUUUACCGAGCGCAUCAAGAAGUCCAGACAGGAUAGGGAGGUGCAGCCGUUGCGCAUACCAUUUUAUACCGACGUGGAGGACCCUUUGACGCACCUUCACUCCUUCCAAUUGGCAGUUGGAUGCAAGGGCCUCAGCGACGAGGGGCAAUGCCUACUGUUCCCAUCAUCCCUUACCGAAGCCGCUUUGAACUGGUUCUACCAUCUUGAGCCAGGGAUGGUAGACUCCUUUGACGAACUGAAGCAGAUUUUCCUCAAUCACUUCAUGAUCCAGACGAACCUCUAUGGGAGUAUGUUGCGCGCUUCAGUCAUGAAUACUCGAGGUGUCCAGAAACGGACGAUAAGGCAGCCUACGUCGCCUUCAAGAGUGGCCUUCGGUCCUCUCAUUUCCGAUAUCUCGUGCACAGUAGUAACUGGCGCACAUAUAACGAGGCACAAACGGAAGGACGACCAUGAUAGUCAUCAGGGAAACUCGAAGAAAGUGCGCGGGAAAUACAGUCGUAACGACCACCGUGGGCCGCUACCGAAUCACGAUCGUGCCCAGGAAGUUUUCACCAUGCUGAACACUACAUACGAGGCCGUUCUGAUGAACGAGCAUGACCAAAUCCUGAAGCCAACUAACCGAAAGCCCAAUCGGCAGGACAAUCGGGACACUGGCAAAUUCUGCCGAUACCACCAGCAGAACAGCCACAACACCGAAGACUGCGUUAGUCUGAGGAAGAUCGUUGAGCGCUUGAUUCGGGAAGGAAAGCUGGAUCAGUACAUCGCCAGGCCACCACAGGCACCGGCACAGAACGCGAAUCGGCAGAUCAACAUGAUCAGCACGAUCAGCGGAGGCCCCACUCUGGCGGGACCCUCUAACCGUUCAAUGAAACAAUAUCCCAUCACAUUCUGUGAAGAAGAAGAGGAAGGGAUCGUCUACCCCCAUGAUGACCCGAUGAUCAUUCGGGCCGAGAUCGCCGACUACGAUGUAGGUCGGGUGCUGAUUGACACCGGGAGUUCGAUGAACGUAAUUUUUGCUGAUGCGUUCAAAGGACUGGGAAUUGCCGACAGCAUGGUCAAUCGGCAAAUAACGCCCCUCCUUAGUUUUUCUGGGGAUCUGGUCCAGCCAGUCGGCAGUAUCAGUCUACCCAUCACCUUCGGCGUCGCCCCCAGGAAAACAAUGACCUACGACCAAUUCCUCAUUGUCGACUGCCCAACGGCAUACAACGUCAUCAUAGGGCGAACGACACUCAUCAGGGUCAAAGCCCACUUAUCCCCUCACAUGUUGCUGAUGAAGUUCCCUGCACGCAACGGUACAGGCGUCAUCAAGGGUGACCAGCUCAGCGCACGGACGUGCUACACGACUGCCCUUAAGUCGGUAGCUUGCAAGCCGCCAAUGGAAGCCAUGAUCGUGCAGGGACUACCGAACGGUAGCGCGAACAUAGAUGACCCCAGGGAGGAAACGCCAACGCCGGUGGCGCAGUCGGCUGAAGAGCUCGAAACUAUGGCGGAGGUCUUCGCCUGGUCUUACGAGGAUAUGCCCGGCAUAUCACCUGAUGUCAUCAGCCACAUGCUCAGCAUCUCCACCGCCCAUAAAUCGGUCAGGCAGAAGCGCCGUUCAUAUGAUGCCGAACGGUACGAGGCUAUGCGUACCGAGGUUGACAAGCUCAAAGCCAUCGGCUUUAUCAAGAAAGCUACGUACCCUGUCUGGCUUGCCAACUCAGUCAUGGUUCGGAAGACCAAAGGAGGAUGGCGGAUGUGUCAGGACUAUACCGACCUGAAUAAGGCAUGUCCGAAGGACAGCUUCCCCUUACCGAGAAUCGACCAGCUUGUUGACACCACCGCUGGACACGAGCUGCUCAGCUUCAUGGACGCCUAUUCAGGGUACAACUAG